GCGUUCUGUCGCCGCAGUGGCGCGUCGCUCUCGUCGCGACAGUAUCGCUCACAGUUCGUAGAGAGUGGACGUAUGUCGGUCGGGUAUCGGGCUUCUAUUCUCACACGAAACAAGUUUCUGAUAGUAUUCUCCCGGGAUUACGUCCUGGACCUUCUAUCAUUUUAGAAUCUUAACAAUGGCUUUAACUAUUAAUCUCAAAAGUACUUUUUAAGAAAGUAUCGUAUUAUUUCUGACUGUAUUUGUGCAAUUUAUAGUUUCAUUUUAUCUUGAUCGAACGAUAUUUUAUGUUAUCGAAAAGACGUGAAAAAUAAUUGUUUUUGCUAGUGGACGCUAACGUUUAAGUUUGAAAUUUCGGUUGUUUUGUUUUAUUCGAGAACGAACAAAACGUUGAAAAGAGACAAGAUGAGGCUCAAGCGGGUGGGUGCGACAGGUGUGACGGCUUUGGUGGUUCUGUUGGCAACAAUAACAGGUUGUCUAGCCCAAAACCUGAGGAUACUUCCGAUAUCGAAACAGCAGACUGUGGCAGUUGGGAAGUCUGUUGUACUUACCUGUCAAGCUGAUGCACCUGAUCCGGCACUGGUCACACAGCCACAGUGGAGGGACCCGAAAGGACAGAUCAUCAUGGAAGCUGCUGCUGGAACUCGUCCGGAAAUAUACACAGAAGCAAUGCCUGCCAAACAGCUUCAGUUGUUGUAUAUAUCCUCGAUAACGCCUGCAAUGGCUGGAAACUAUUCCUGUGAGGCUACUUACACGAAUAUCCCUCUUAGCGCCAGCGUUAUUUUGGAUACAUUUGUUGCUAUCACUUGGACCAACGCUAAUGAGAACCAGUAUGCAACCAAAGGCAAAGAUUUUAAAGUCAUGUGCGAGGUUACAGCCGAGCCUGCACCAUCAGUAGAUUGGUUUAAAGAAGAAAAUCCCAUCGUAACUGGUGACAGAUACGUAAUACACGCUAAUGGUCUAAUGAUUAAAAACGUUCAAGAAAGUGAUGAUGGUACAUAUACUUGUCGAGCUGUCGUCAUGCAAACUGGUGAACUUGCGGAAAGGAACAUUAAACUUGAGGUUUACACCGCACCAGAAAUGGAAGAACGAGAGACGACAGUUAGAAUCAAAGAGGGAGAAUCAGCUGCAAUUACUUGCAAAGCGAGAGGAAAGCCGCCGCCGACUUAUACUUGGAUUAAAGCUUCGACACGCGAGAACCUGGCUACUACAUCACGAUUCAACGUUAACGAAAACACUGGACUCUUAACUUUUGAUAGAGUCGAAGCCGCUGAUUACGGAAAGUAUAUUUGCAGUGCGGUUAAUAAGGCUGGUCAAAACGAAACCGAAAUAGAAGUCGAAGUACUUGUAAAGCCAAGGAUUUUCGAACUCUACAAUACUACUGCUCCCGAAAAACAAGAAGGCAGACUGGAGUGUAAAGCUACUGGUCGUCCAGCACCUCGCAUUAGUUUCCGUAAGCGGAGCAAUAGUGAGCGUUUUGUUAAUGGACCAAAUGAUGGUGGAAGGAUUACUAUUGAGACCAGCAGUCAUCAAUCAGGAGAUCAAAUUGAAUCUAGCGCAGUAAUCAUGAUUUCGAACUUGAAUAGAACUGAUGAUGGUUUAUACGAGUGCAUUGCUGAGAACGAUGCUGGUGAAGCUUGGCGAAACGGCCAUUUGGCUGUGCAGUUCCGGCCAACCUUUGAAAGAAUGCCUACAGUACCGAUUUGGAGUUGGAAUGGGCAAACUGUAAAUUUGACGUGCGUCGCUGAGAGUAUUCCCAAUGCUACGAUCAAGUGGAGGUUCCGUGACGCUGAUCUGGUAGAAACGCCCCAUAUCAAAAUCUUUGGGUCUGGCCCAAUAAGCUAUGUCACAAUCACGCCACUGGAUCGUGGACUGUAUGGAAUAUACAAGUGCGUUGCUACCAAUACUCUAGGAGAAGCAGAGCAUGUCAUUCAGUUCAGAGAAGCUUUUCCUCCCGGACCUGUUGUACAGGCAAGACAAGAAACUAUCACAGCAACCUCAGUUACUUUCAAUAUUGUUGGACCUGCUGAAGACAUGGGUCCGCCGAUCUUGGCGUAUGUUGCCCAAUUCAAAGAAAAUGCAAACUUCGACUGGAACUUAGCACAGAACCGCACGUGGUCGGUUAAUUCCCCAUACACUGUGGAAAACUUGAGACCAAUGUUUACCUAUGACUUUAGAUUCGCUGCAGUUAAUCAAGUUGGCAUUGGUAGUUGGGGAUCUCCUAUUACGGUUAUCAUGCCAAGAAGGUCACCACCAGAACAGCCGAAAUGGAGAGAGAACCUUAGCUCGGAAUCGCUUAUUCACGGAAAAUACGCAGACAGAUAUGAACUGAAGUGGAAAAUACCCGCUCAUAAUGGGGAGCCUAUUGACAUGUACGAAAUCCGCUAUUGUCCGGUUUUGAAGAUAAGCGGCGAAUGGCGUGUGUCGUCGGAAAACGAGUGCGUUACCCAAGAACUUAAGUCAUUCGAAGCCAUUACAUACGAAGUCAGAGGGCUACAUCCGGACACUCGUUACCGCAUUCAUCUGCGGGCCCAUAACCAGCUCGGUUUCUCACUGCCCGCCCAACUGUACGUCCAAACUGCUCUUGGUGUUGAACGCUCUGGUUUUGCUCACGCGCAACUUCUAUCGAGCGGGGCAAUUAUAGGGCUGUCUUUGGCUGGCGUCAUCAUUUGUCUUCUCAUCGUGGAUCUCUUGCUGCUGUGCUUCAGAAAACAGGGCGUGAUUGCUACCCUGUGCGGCAAACGCGCCAAGAAACACAACGACGAAGAAGCAAAAUUGGGAAGCAUGAAGCCGCGCGCGCCGCCGUCCCCCGCGCCCCUCCCGCCACCAGUCAAGCUCGUGUCUACUCCGACGGAUGAGAAGGAACCGUUGAAAGACACAGAUGAUGCAAUGAAGCGAAACUCCUCAGUGGAAUUUGAUGGACAUCGGGUCUACGCGACAAGCGGGGGCCCCAUCAUUGGCAAGAACUCUGCGGUUUAAUAUUGAAAAAAAAAAAACAAAAAAAAACACGAUAUGAGUAAUCUCACUUUUUUACUAUCGAUACUUAAUUAAUUAUAGGAAUUUUAUAUUUCACUUGCCGAGUUAAAGCUUGUGUAUUUGUGAUGUGCGCGAUCAGUAUUCGCAUCUGCCAAAUUUGAGAAUUUGUGAAAUCAAUUUUAGCGUAACACAAACUACAUUCAAAAUGAUAUUUCGUUUUUUUUAUUAUUCAUAUAAAAAAUACAUAUAUCGACAAUUUAUUAAUGAAUUAGAAAUAUAAUACUUAUGAGUAAUGUUUUACACAACACAACCUAUCCGUCUCUUUGUACAUUUAAGAAUACGUAUGGACACAAUUCACAUUGACUGUGUAGCUAACACUUUUUAUUCUUGUUCCCAUUACACCAUUUCUAUUACAAUGAACGUCACAAAGUUAUAAAGUAAUAUACAUUUAUUUUAGGAUUAAAAUCAAUUUUACGCUGCGAAAAUCUUACGACUUUUUCUCUGCUUCAAAGGUACGAUAUGUGCCUUCUAUUUACGUUUAGAUUAAAUGUUUGAGACACUUAUUUUUAAAUUCGGUAAUCUAUUAUCUUUUGGGAACCAUUGGCACCUAAAAUGGUUACGUUUUGACAUUUAACACGGAACCCUAAAUGUCAUUCAAAUACGUUAUGUUGCGAUUCACAUUGAAACCUUUUAUUAAGAGUCGAUUUUAUUAUGCAAAGAAUACAGAUUACCGUUUUUAAAACUAAGUCAGUUCAGCUAUAUAUUUACAAGGGUAUUAUAGGAUUAUUGUAAAUAGCUUUAGAAUGUAAUCACCUUAAGUAACAUAUAUCGAUAGAUUCAUAUAUUUAAGAUGGCUGGCAUGUGCAGCAUGAUUGGCAGCCUGCUAGUAAUGUUUUGACAUAAUUUUUGACAACGCUUCACCCGAUGGCGCAUUGAUUAGCGCCCUGAUUACUAAACCGAGGACCGCGGGUUUUAUUCCUAUUUCAGGCAAAGAUUCUUGUCAGAAACAUGUUUGUGUUAGCUCAGUGUGGUCACUGUACAAGUAUUUAUGUCAGUAUC